UACAUGGCGCUCAUGUUUACAAGAUGGUAGUGGAGGAUAUUUCGCUCUGACUUACAAACAGAAAGUAUUUACACUUGAUUUCCUAACGCAGUGACUUUUAAAUCCUCCUUUAGACUCGGUUUCGAUUAUAAAGUGCACUCCGUUUCAAGAAGGAAAGGCAGCAGACUCUCUUUGCUCUGAAUGUGUUUAAAAUAGCAGAGGAGAUUAUUUUUGCACAGUCACUGACAGACACACGGACAAACAGACAGACAGACAGGACUAUAACCUUGAUAAAAUCCCAGGACUGUCUAUCGGGUCUGCAGGAGCGUACCUGAAUCCAGCCGAAUGAACAGAGCGACCGCAAAGCAUCUAAUCGAGCGCUACUUUCGGCAGUUAACUCGGGGCUGUGGAAAUGGCGACUGCACGAAUGAGAUAUGCGCAUCGUGUCCAGACUUCAGACAGCUGGAUAACAACACAGCGGCUGCCAAAGCGCUGGAGCUGUUCAAGGUUAACGCCAAACUCUGUAACCCCCACCCCUCCAAGAAAGACUCAGACUCUGAUCUGGUCAAUAAUAUGACGGAAGUCGGUAAUGCCAAAGAAAACUUCUCAGAUGUAAAUCACCUCACAGAGAACACAGUGUGUACGAUCCUGAGUUUCUGCGAGGAGGAAGGGGAUUACUCCGCUUUGAUCCACGUCCUCGGCAGGAUUUUCUCCAACGCAGACGCCUUGAUAAAGAGUUUCAGGACCGACGAACCCGACCCUUCUAAAGACCUGGACUCUGUUGAACCUACAGAUAAUGACGAGCCCGACAAGAAGACGCAAACAUCAGGGGAGGCUGGAGCUUCCUCUGCAGAAGCUUUUCCAGAUGAGGGUGUUUGUGAUCAGCCUUUGGAGGUUUUAGUGGACAUCAGCGCCCUGAGGAGGGUCUACGACAAACUUUUGAGCCUCGACCGGGUAGAUGCGGCUCUCGUCAACGCCCUCAUUUACCUCACUCCCAAUUUAGAGCUGGACCUGGAGUACCUCGACGUGUACGGCACAAACCCAGAGUACCUUAACAUCUUCGUCAUCGUGCUGGAGAACACGAACCUGCACAGCCCUGAGUAUCUGGAAGUGGCGUUGCCGCAGUUCUGCAAAGCCAUGUGCAAACUCCCGGUAGCCGCCCUAGCCAGGUUGGUGAAGCUCUGGGCUUCAUAUGGUCUGACGCACAUCCGCCGCAUGAUGGAGACCUUCCAGCAGCUCAUCACCUUCACCGUGGUCAGCAAUGAUUACGACGGCGAAAAUCUGGUGAACGACGACGAGUCGGUGGUGGCCGGUACGCAGUGUUUGAAGUUGGCCUACUACGCGAGCAUCCUGGCGGGGGAUGUGGACGUGGAGCACAACGAGGAGGACAUUGAAGACCCAGAGUCCGAUGAGCUCACCUUGCACGAGCUGCUGGGCGAGGAGCGGCUCUAUAAGAAGGGUCCGCGGGUCGACCCCCUGCAGAAAGAGCUCGGGGUCCGACCCGUAGACUGCAUCAAACCCCUCAUCCCCCAUGAAGAUUUUGUCAACGAGUCCCUGAACGACGUGGUGGAGAUGGACAAAGAUUUCACCUUCUUCAAGGUCAACGCGGAAACUAAGUUUUCCUUCCAGAGCUGCCCCUUCAUCCUCAACGUCAUCACCAAGAACCAGGGGCUGUACUACGACAACAGGAUCCGGAUGUACAGCGAGCGGCGGCUCACGGCUCUCUACAGCAUGGUGCAGGGCCAGCAGCCCAACCCCUACCUGAAGCUCAAAGUGCGGCGAGAUCACAUCAUCGACGACGCUCUCGUCAGACUGGAAAUGAUCUCCAUGGAGAACCCGUCGGACCUAAAGAAGCAACUGUUUGUGGAGUUUGAGGGAGAGCAGGGUGUUGACGAGGGCGGCGUCUCUAAGGAGUUCUUUCAGCUGGUGCUGGAGGAAAUCUUCAAUCCCGACAUAGGGAUGUUCAGCUACGACGAUGACACCAAACUGUUUUGGUUUAACUCGUCCUCUCUGGAGAAUGAGGCUCAGUACACGCUCGUUGGACUCGUUUUGGGACUCGCCAUUUACAACAACUGCAUCCUGGACGUGCACUUCCCCAUGGUCGUCUACAGGAAGCUGAUGGGCAAGAAGGGGAUCUACCUUGACCUCUCGGACUCACAUCCAGCUCUCUACCAGAGUCUGAAGGAGCUGCUGGAGUACAGCGGUGAUGUAGAGAAGGACAUGAUGCUAACCUUCCAGAUAUCACACAUGGACCUGUUCGGAAGCCCGAUUUUAUACGACUUAAAGGAGGACGGAGAAGAGAUCCCUGUCACUCAAGAAAACAGACAGGAGUUUGUGGAGAUGUAUUCUGAUUACAUACUGAACAAGAGCGUGGAGAGACAAUUCAGAGCUUUUAAAAAAGGUUUCCAGAUCGUCACGAACGAGUCUCCGCUGAAAUAUCUGUUUCGACCCGAGGAAGUGGAGAUGCUCAUCUGUGGCAGCAGGAAACUUGACUUUGAAGCGCUCGAGAAAACGACAGAGUAUGAUGGAGGUUACAGCAAAGACAGUCAGAUCAUCAAAGAUUUCUGGGAGACAAUCCACUCGUUCGGAGAGGAGCAGAAGAGGUUGUUUCUUCAGUUCACCACCGGCACGGACAGAGCACCGGUCGGCGGGCUCGGGAAACUAAAAAUGAUCAUCGCCAAGAACGGCUCCGACACAGACAGGCUGCCGACCUCUCACACCUGCUUCAACGCGCUGCUGCUCCCUGAGUACUGCUCCAAGGAAAAAUUGAAGGAAAGACUCCUGAAGGCCAUCACAUACGCCAAAGGGUUUGGGAUGCUGUGACGGAUCCACAGAAAGAGAGACUGCAUUUUAACAAAACAAAAAGGGAGUAUCACACUAGAGGGGGCAAAGAGGGAAAUGACGUGAGGCUAAAUGCUGCAAUAACCCCGUGCCUACAAGUCAUCUCCACUGUGGGCCUUUUUCACUCUGAGAGUUAGUUUCAUAUUCAGUAAAAAGUUUCCCAAAGAGUUCGACGCGGCACUUGAAUAAGGAUGUUUCAUUUCCUCGGUUUUCUGGGCAAACGUGAACAAUAUAUUUGAUUUUGUGAAACUGUGAAAGUGCACUUAUAACACAGGAUUUUAUUGAAUGCAGUGCACAUGCAGUGUAUUUAUUGAACUACUUUUAUUGUGUUUUUCAGUGCUUCACGCUGUAGCAGUAUUCAGUCCGAACGCUCUCGUGGACUGAGCAUUAUGGUGCUCCUUUGUAUGUUAAUUAGCCAGGUUUCCAUCCAAAUGUAUAGCGCAUUUUACCGGAAUUUCAGAGUAAAUUGAUUUGAAAAAAGAUGCUAAUAAAUGCUUGUUUUCAUGGAAUACUGCUAUACGAUGAUUAGAGGUUUAUUUAUCAAGAUAAGCAUUAUAAGGGAAGGCAUUAAACUGAAGACUGGUACAGCUAUGGGUCUUACAAACUUGUCUCAAAGCCUAUGGGUUUUGCCUGAAAAAAGAUCUGUGGCAAGCACAAGUUUAUAAAAGAUUUUAACUUUCUGUUGUACGACAUUAAUAAAAUCACACUGAUGAACUUAAAGCUUUUAUGUAAGCUAACGUUAGCUUGUUUUCCUCUGGUAAUUGCGUUAUAGCUUCAAAGCCAUAAAGGUUAUGAUUGUCUCUACGCAAUUUAUACGUAACUUGAGUACUUUUAGUCCGAUGCAUGAAAUAACGCCUGUGUUUAAGACAAACUGGAGUGAUUGAUUGAUGAAAUGUCAAAGGGUAGUGUAGGAAUAAGGCCCUAAAAAUCGUAAAAUGAGUCAGCAUUUCAUCCCUUACGGUUCCCUCAUCCGGAGGUUAAUGGUUUUUUUAUGGUUAGAUGCCUGUGAUAAAGUCUGCGGUUAAUGUGUCAUUAAAUACCCCACUGGUGGAUAAAAACAAGUGUCUAAAUAAGCCGACUUAAGUAGGGUGACCAGAUUUGAGGCGGCGAAAAAGAGGACACUUGCGAUCGUUGGGGGGCGGGGGGAAGCGCCAGUCAAUUUAAGUACACGCUUACUGGUCCCAACAGUGAAAACUGGGCAUUUUCAUGAAUUUAUAAAACCCCCCCGGACGCUCCGGACAGGACGUAAAAAGAGGACAUGUCCGGGCAAAAGAGGAUGUCUGGUCACCCUAACUUAAGGUCAUCAUGCUAAAGUUAGCCACCGUUAGCUUAGCGGUUGUGUUGGAAGUCAUGUGACCUUGCUGUAGAUCCUUUAAAGUUAGUGUUUUAAUUGUCAGUGUAAAUAUGUGGAGAUUAUCCUUCUGAACUAAUGUGUUAGCAUCCUAAAUGUGUGUUUGCCACAGAGCUUAUUUUUCUGGAUAAAAACCCACUGGCUUUGUGUUGAGGUAACCAGACCUGCAAAAAUAGGUCAUCACUCUUGACCCCUAUGGUGUGACACAAUUUGAUAAUAAAAUAACAGCCAGUGAAAGCAUAAAAAAGUAGGACAAAAUGAAGAAAACUGAAUCGAAUAUUACAUUGCUUAUUUGUUCAGGCAUUACUGAUGCUUAUGUGGAAUCUGUGGAGCACUGAUGAGAAUAUUUCUUGUGAUUUCAGCAGAAGUUGAGUUGAAUUGCUUCAUGUACGACAUCAUUUCUUCGCUAAAUCUGCAUUUGGUCGCAUUUUCUAUCAUCCAUACACAAACUCUUACACCUCGGCUACGCUUUAAGACGGUUUUGCAUCAUCUCAAGAUUUAUUUAAGCAUUUCUGCACAGGUUUUUUUAGCGCCAACAUCUAAAAUGUGCAUCGAACAGGUGGAUGGAAACGCAUCUUCAGUAGUACAGACGGCUCAUCCUGACUGGCGGGCUUAUAUUUCCUCACUAUCUGAAGCUUAUUUUGCAGCAUUUUCUGUGUUGUGCCUCUUGUACUGUAUUACAUAUAACAUGAAUACUGCGUGUUGUGAAGCCUGACCACGAGUGUGUGUUUCGAUAGCGUGCAGGGUUUCAGGUCAGCAUUUUCACAUCCGGUUAAACAAAAAAAAAAGAAGCUGUUUCUCUUCCCUCGGUUUCUGUGAAGUGUUUCUGAUUGCACAUUUGUACGUGCAGCUGCCAAAUGUGCAACGCUUUAUUUGGCCAAAUAUCUCAGGUACAUAAAGAAUGUGCAGAUAAUGUGAAACUCUUGUGUAAAGCAAACUAUUAUGCAAAAAUAAAUGAAAGGUGAAAACUA